AUGGACGGAAUCAAGAAGACGUUUGCGCAAUGCAAGAAGGAGGGCAGGUCGGCCCUCGUUACGUAUGUGACGGCGGGCUUCCCCACGGUGGAAGAGACGCCCGACAUCAUGAUGGCCAUGGAGGCCGGCGGCGCAGACAUUAUUGAGCUCGGCAUGCCCUUCACCGACCCCAUUGCAGACGGCCCCGCCAUCCAGACGGCCAACACUCAAGCCCUCAAGAAUGGCGUCACGACUGGUCAUGUGCUCCAAAUGAUCCGCGAUGCGAGGAAGCGCGGCCUCAAGGCGCCCAUCCUGCUCAUGGGAUACUACAACCCGCUGCUCAGUUAUGGCGAGGAGAAGAUGCUGCAGGAUGCAAAGGAGGCUGGCGCAAAUGGCUUCAUCAUGGUCGAUCUGCCACCCGAGGAGGCCCUGCGCUUCAGGAACUUUUGCCGCAGCUACGGUCUAUCCUACGUCCCCUUGAUCGCACCGGCCACGUCGGAGCACCGCAUGCGCGUCCUCUGCAAGAUUGCCGAUUCCUUCAUCUAUGUCGUCUCCCGCAUGGGCGUCACUGGCGCUACGGGAACAAUGAACGCCGCCCUUCCCCAGCUUCUCGAGCGGGUGCACAAGUACUCUGGAAAUGUGCCUGCCGCUGUUGGCUUUGGUGUCAGCACGCGCGACCACUUCCUGAGCGUGGGCAAGAUUGCCGAGGGUGUUGUCAUUGGCAGUCAGAUUAUCAACACGCUGCUCAAGGCUGCGCCGGGCGAGGGCGCACAGGCGGUGCAAGAGUACUGCGACGGCAUUUGCGGCAAGAGCAGCCGCGCCAGCACGCGCGAGGUGGGCAUUGUCGAGACUUUGAACGAGGCCAAGGAGCCGACGGGAGUGCACGUGGACAAGGUGAUUACGGAUGCUGACACGCCAGACGGACCCGGCCUCGCUGACCAGCUGGAGAUGCUCAACACUGAUGAGGCCAACGGCGAGAGCAUCUUCAACGAAAAGCAUAAGUUCCCGCCUCGUUUCGGCGAGUUUGGAGGGCAAUAUGUGCCCGAGUCGCUCAUGGACUGUCUUUCGGAGCUUGAGCAGGGGUUCAAUUCAGCCAUCGAGGACCCCAAGUUCUGGGAAGAGUACCGCUCUUACUACGAGUGGAUGGGUAGACCGGGGCAUCUGCACCUUGCUGAGCGCCUCACGGAGCACGCUGGCGGAGCCAACAUCUGGCUGAAGCGAGAGGAUCUGAAUCACACGGGAAGUCACAAGAUCAACAACGCGCUCGGCCAGAUACUGAUUGCCAGGCGACUGGGAAAGACUGAGAUUAUCGCCGAGACGGGAGCCGGGCAGCACGGGGUGGCGACGGCGACGGUGUGCGCCAAGUUCAACAUGAAGUGCACCGUGUACAUGGGGGCCGAGGACGUGAGGCGCCAGGCUCUGAAUGUGUUCCGCAUCAAGCUGCUUGGUGCGCAGGUGGUGGCGGUGGAGACGGGCUCCAAGACGCUGCGCGAUGCGGUCAACGAGGCGAUGCGGGCGUGGGUUGUGCACCUGGACACGACUCACUACAUCCUCGGAUCUGCUGUCGGGCCGCAUCCUUUCCCGACGAUUGUGCGAACGUUCCAGUCGAUUAUCGGAAACGAAACCAAGCAGCAGAUGCAGGAGAAGCGCGGCAAGCUGCCCGACGCGGUGGUUGCGUGCGUGGGGGGCGGCAGCAACGCGGUUGGCAUGUUCUACCCCUUUUCCAAGGACAUGUCUGUCAAGCUGCUGGGCGUGGAGGCUGGCGGCGACGGUAUCGACACGGACCGACACAGCGCGACGCUCUCGGCGGGCACCAAGGGCGUUCUUCACGGGGUGCGCACGUACGUGCUCCAGAACCAGCACGGGCAGAUCAACGACACGCACUCGGUGUCUGCUGGGCUCGACUACCCCGGCGUGGGGCCUGAGCUGUCGAGCUGGAAGGACAGCGAGCGGGCAAAGUUCAUUGCCUGCACGGAUGCCGAGGCGUUUAUUGGGUUCCGGCUCAUGUCCCAGCUGGAGGGUAUCAUCCCCGCACUCGAAACGUCGCACGCCGUGUAUGCUGCGAUUGAGCUGGCCAAGACCAUGGACAAGGACCAAGAUGUAGUCAUUUGUGUGUCGGGACGCGGCGACAAGGAUGUGCAGAGCGUUGCGGAGGAGCUGCCGAAGCUGGGCCCCAAGAUCAACUGGGACCUGCGGUGUAAGUGUGGCUUGCCCCAAAGGGUACUGACGUGUGCUAACGCUGGUGCACUCGAGCGGCUUCGCGAGGCCGACGAAAUGAAAUUUUCCCACAGCCUGCAGUUCAAUGCGGUGCCCGACUGGAGCAACCACUACAUAGCCUACAGCAACCUCAAGAAGCACAUCUACAGCCUCGAGACCCAGGUCCACCAGAAGCAUGCUCGUGGAGACGCCGAGUCGUCGCCGCUGCUCAACGACGCCGCCCACGACCCGGACAAGGUCUUUACCAACGCCCUCGACACGGAGCUCGAGCGCGUCACGUCCUUUUACCGCCUCAAGGAAAAUGAAAUCUACGAAGAGAUGGACGCCCUGCUCAAGGACGCCGACAUGUUUGAAGACCACCAGGCCGAGUACAACGAGGAAAACGAGAAUGCGCCCGCCGGCAAGAAGAUGCGCAGCGGCAGUAUAUUCAAGGCCAUCGGCUUCCACCGCCCACGUGCCAUGAGCGGCGCAAGCGGCGUCUCCACCGACCACGGGCCCGACGCCGAGCGAGACGACGACGACUCGGACGACGAAAUCGACGAGACCUCGCGCCUGCGCAAGCGGAGCCCAGAUGGCCAGCGCCGCCGCCGCCGGACAAACGAGGAGGACAUGGCCGCCUCGCACGCCUCGUCAAGGCGCUUGACGAGUGUAGCCUUUGAAGACUACCACGACAUGGCUUUUUCCGCCCUCUACGACGAGGGCGUUUCGCUGAAGAAGCGCAUCGUCAGCAUAUACGUGCUGCUGUGCGAGCUGCGGUCCUUCAUCCAGCUCAACAAGACGGGAUUCGAAAAAGUGUUGAAAAAGUACGACAAGAUCAUGGACCGCAAGCUCAAAAAGACGUACCUGACAAAAUACGUGUACCCUGCCUAUCCAUUCCAGCAGAGCACCAUGGACGAGCUGACGCGCAACCUCCAACGCAUCGAAGCCGCAUAUGCGCAGAUUGGCACAAAGGGCAACAUUGCCGAGGCGAAGCGCGAGCUGAGAUUACAUCUCCGCGAGCAUGUCGUCUGGGAGCGGAACACGGUGUGGAGGGAAAUGAUUGGCAUUGAGCGCAAGGCCCAGGCUGCCAACAUUGGCAUCACGCAGACAUUGCUCGGCCGCGAAACUGCCGGCCAAGUGCGUCGACAGGGCGACGAUGCCGAAUCAGACAUGAAGGAGGUGGCGACGCCCAUUGGAAGAUAUAGGUGCCCCCAGUGGCUCGUUAGCAGAACUUUUUGGAUGCUACUCACCUGCAUUGCCGUCUUCGUCGUGCUGCUAGUCGUGCCCAUAAUGGAGAAGCCCGAGCAGCAAAACUGCUUGGCCAUGGUCGUCUUUGUCAGUUUGCUCUGGGCGACUGAGGCCAUUCCGCUUUUCGUCACGUCACUCCUGGUCCCGUUCCUGGCCGUCACGCUCAACGUCGUCCGAAGCGAUGUCGAGCCGCACCGCCGACUCGACUCCAAACAGGCUGCUUCCUAUGUCUUCUCUGCCAUGUGGACCCCGGUCAUUAUGCUGUUGCUGGGUGGUUUCACCAUUGCUGCAGCGCUUUCCAAGUACAACAUUGCAAAGAUGAUGGCCACUCUUGUGCUUAGUAAGGCAGGCACGAAGCCGAGGACCGUCCUGCUCGUCAACAUGUUUGUCGCAAUGUUUGCGAGUAUGUGGAUCAGCAACGUUGCCGCGCCUGUGCUGUGCUUCUCUAUCAUCCAGCCCAUUCUACGUAAUCUUCCUGCCGACUCGGACAUGACCAAGGCGCUGCUCAUGGGAAUCGCACUCUCCUCUAACAUUGGCGGAGCCGCUUCUCCCAUCGCGUCCCCACAGAACCUGAUUGCUCUUCAGAACAUGCAACCCGAGCCCUCGUGGGGUGUCUGGUUCUUUGUGGCCCUUCCCGUGUGCAUCAUCUCCAUUUUGCUCAUCUGGGUGCUUCUUCUCGUCACCUUCCAACCCGGCCGGGGCACCAGCAUCGUGCCCAUCCGCCCGCUCAAGGACAAGUUCACCGGAGUGCAGUACUUCAUCAGCAUUGUCACUGUCGUCACCAUUGUUCUAUGGUGUAUCAGUCACCAGCUUGAAUUUGCAUUUGGCGAUAUGGGUGUCGUAGCCAUUAUCCCCAUUGUGCUUUUCUUUGGUACCGGUAUCCUUACCAAGGAAGACUUUAACAAUUUCCUCUGGACUAUCAUCAUCCUUGCUGCCGGUGGUCUCUCUCUCGGCAAGUCUGUCAACUCGUCUGGUCUUUUGCACACAAUUGCUGAGUCGAUUACCGCUGGCGUUGAGGGCAUGAGUCUGUACGGUGUGUUGGUUGUUUUCUGCGCCUUGAUCCUUGUUGUAGCAACGUUUAUCAGCCACACUGUUGCCGCUCUCAUUGUCCUGCCGCUGGUCCAGCAGGUCGGACAACAGAUGGCCGAGCCACAUCCAAAUUUGCUUGUCAUGGGCGCUGUGCUGAUGGCUAGCGGAGCUAUGGGUCUGCCCACGAGUGGUUUCCCUAAUAUGACUGCCAUUAUGAUGGAAGACCAGCGAACAGGACAGCGCUAUCUCGCCGUCAAACACUUUUUGACCCGCGGCGUCCCUGCCUCUCUCAUUACUUUUGUUGUCAUUAUCACGGUGGGCUAUGGGCUGAUGCUUGCCGUUGGGUUUUAG